CACAUUUAGCGGCAUAUCCAAAAGUCCGAGAAUAGGAUGGGAAUUGAUUCGAUGCAGAAAACAAACAAGCUCCGAUGGGGAGAGAUAGACGAUGAAGACGACUUUGGUUUCCUGCUUCCGCCUAAGCAGGUGAUUGGUCCGGAUCAGAACGGUGUAAAGAAAGCGAUUGAGUAUAAGUUCGACGACGAGGGCAAAAAGGUCAAAAUCACUACCACGACCCAUGUUCAGAAGCGAGCUUUCACCAAGCAAGCCGUGGAGCGACGGAGCUGGAUUAAGUUCGGUGACGCCGCCCAUGAGGAUGCUGGUAGCUAUCUCACAAUGCGUUCAACCGAGGAUUUCAUCUUGGAACGAAUUAGAGCUCCUGGUAUCAAGACGGAAGAGGCAACUUCAUCAGCAGAAAGCAUGUCUCAUUUGGGCAAACCGGGUACAGUCCUUAUGGUCUGCAGGUUGUGCCACAUGAAAGGUGACCACUGGACAUCAAGAUGCCCAAGGAAGGAUCUCUUAUCCUUAGGGGACGAGCCUUUAACAUCAGAGCCCUCUACAUCGACCGUAGCUGGAACUGGGGGUAGGGCUGCUUAUAUCCCGCCAAGCAUGAGAGAAGGUGCAGACAGAAAAAGUGCUGGUUCAGACAUGAGGAGUAGAAAUGAUGAGAACUCUGUCCGAGUUACUAAUUUGUCUGAAGAUACCCGUGGACCAGAUUUGAUGGAGUUGUUUCGUCCGUUUGGUGCUGUAACCCGUUGUCAUGUAGCCAUUGACCAGAAGACGAGCACGAGCAGAGGAUUUGGUUUUGUUAAUUUUGUCAGCAGGGAAGAUGCAGAGCGAGCAAUCAAUAAAUUGAAUGGCUAUGGUUAUGAUAACCUCAUCCUUAGGGUUGAAUGGGCCAGUCAUAGACCGAGUUAGAUCCCAUGUUAUUUUCUAAUUACAAUAUUCUCCGUUAUAUACAUAAAGAUUCGUGAUUAAAAUUCUCGUGAUAUUCAUGUUA